ACGAGCAUCAAAGCAUCAGGAAGACCUGAAAUCUGCAAAGACUGAGUUUAUUAAAGAGGACAGAGAGAAGAUGAGAGAUCCAGAACCCUGCAGAAUCAAACACACUGAAGACACUGAAGAACUAACAGAGCUGAUGGAAGAGAACGAGGAGAGUGAAGAACUGAGUGAAGUGGAGGAGAAACAUCAUGACAAACCUGGAGAAAAACCUUUGAGUCACUCAAAGACUAAAAAGACAUUUAAAAAAAAACCUUUCACCUGCACUCAGUGUGGAAAGAGUUUCUUAAACAAACAAAGUCUUAAGCGUUACAUAAGAGUUCAUACUGGAGAAAAGACCCAUGCAUGCGAUCAGUGUGGGAAGAGUUUCAUGCGAUCAUCAGACCUUGCGAGACACAUGAGAAUGCACUCUGGAGAGAAGCCGUUCACAUGUGAUCACUGCGGGAAGAGGUUUCCAUACAAAGAAAGUCUUAAAGUUCACAUGAGAGUUCAUACUGGAGAGAAGCCGUUCACCUGUGAUCAGUGCGAAAAGAGAUUCUCCAACAAACAAAAUCUAGAGAUUCACAUGAGAGUUCAUACUGGAGAGAAGCCGUUGACCUGCACUCAGUGUGGAAAGAGUUUCACAUACAAAGGAAAUCUUAAAGUUCACUUGAGAAUCCACACUGGAGAAAGACCGUUCACAUGUGAUCAGUGCAGGAAGAGCUUCUCACAAUUAGCACAACUUAAAGAGCACAUGAACAUCCACACCGGAGAGAAGCUGUACGCAUGUGAUCAAUGCGGCAGAACAUUUAUUGGGGCAUCAGCCCUGAAGACACAUCUGAGAGUUCAUAAGAAGGAGAAGCCGCAUUCAUGUUCUGUAUGUGGAAAGAGUUUUUCACUGCUGCCAUAUUUACUUAAACAUCAGAAAAUACAUAAUGAUGUAAGAGAUCAUGUGUGCUUUGAGUGUGGGAAGACUUUUACUUCAGUGAGCAGUUUAAAACGGCGCCAGAUGAUUCACACUGGAGAAAAACCUUACAAGUGUUCACACUGUGACAAGAGAUUCAGUCAGUUAACACAUCUGCAAACACACGAGUGGAUCCACACUGGAGAAAAACCAUACAAGUGUUCACACUGUGACAAGAGAUUCAUUCGGACAUCAAGUCUGAAAUCACACGAGAGGAUCCACACUGGAGAGAAACCGUAUCACUGCACUGCAUGUGGGAAGUGUUUCAAUCAAUCAUCUUCUCUACUCAGUCAUACAGAAAACAAUCACAGUAAGUAGAUCAUCUUCAGAUCAGUACUUUCAGCUCUGAUGCGUCCUCACCAAAUGUUACACAAUAAUGCAGCAAGCAAUAAAAUAUAAUCUGGAUAAAUCUUUCCUAACCAGUCAUUACAAGUGACAUGGAAACAUUAUCUAAUGUUUCACAGUGAAUAAAGUUCUUCAUCUUCAAAGCCAGCAGAUUCAACUGUGUGAUUCAGAUCAACUCAAAGAUGGAGUUCCUCCCCAAAGAACAUGUCAAA